CGCCAGGCGAGCGUCACGCCGAGGACGCCGCGGGGCCUGCUUAUCGCCGGUUCCGCGCAGCCCGGAGUCGCCCAGGCCUGAACUCCUACCCAGGUCCCGGUCCCGACCCCGGGCCCGCGAGGACGCCGGAGGCCACCCCCCGGGGGUGGGGAGCGGAGCCGCGGGUCAGCUCUGCGAGCGUCCCGUGCUGGCCUGGCCGGCCCCGCCCCCGCCCCGGGCCAUGGCCCAGCCCUUGUCCCGGCCCCUUAUCCUAUCCCAAUCUCAGCCUUGGCCUCCGGCCACGCCCUCGCCCCGCUUCCCAAACCUGCCCCGGCCCAGGCCCACGUCCCAGCGAAUGCCCAGGUCCAGGUCUCCGCUCCAACCCCAGUCCCUGCCUCUGGCUUGGCCGCUGUCUGCGCCUCGGCCCGUGUUCCAGCCCUUGUCACAAUUCCCAGCCCAGCAUCUAACCCUGUCCCAUUCUCAGCGUUUGCUUAAGCCCCUCGCCCAGCACCAGCCCUUGCUCUCGCCCCCAUCACACCCACUCCUCCCAUCACAUCUUCUGCCCUUGUUUGAGCCCCAGUGCUCAGUCCAACGCAACCCAGUAUCUCAGCCUUUGCCCCCAUCUCUUUGUGUGCCCAAGUCUCUUCCACUGGCUCCCCGCCUCUCUCAUACUCUGCCCCUCUCCCAGCCUCGACUCAGGUCUGGGCUCCUCCAGCUGCCUUCAGCCCUAUUGCUGCUGUUGCUGUUUUCUGUCCUUGGUCCAGGGGCUGGAGGCCUUUUCCUGACCGAUUAUUCCACCUGCUCGCCCCGCAAGCUCAGCCCGUUUCGCUCCUUUGCCAGCACCGAGCUCUUCCACUUCCAUGUUCCUGAGGACACAUUCCUGGCUGUUUGGAACCUCAUCAUCUUCAAAGAGCAGGGAGGGACCUUUGGGGACCACUGCCCAGAUCAAAGUGUGACUGUGUAUUUCCGCUCCGGAGCGCCUCCUGUCAUCAAUCCCCUGCACACACACUUCCCAGCAGACACUGCUGUGCCUGGGGUUUUCUCACUCACCCUCAGCUGGACACUGCCCAACAGAACCUCGGGCAUCUUUAAUGUCAGCAGCCCCUUACCUGGGGACUGGUUCUUGGCUGCCCACCUUCCCCAAGCCCAUGGUCACAUCUCUGUCAAGGGUCUCCAGGAUGAGUGUCAGUACCUCCUUCAGCCGCAGCUGAUUGUCCGGCGUUUACUGGAUGUGGCUGUACUGGUUCCUGGCCGUCCCUCAGAGCAAACCCUCUCCCCCCACAAUCGUUCAGCCUUGUAUAAGGUCUUUGUGCCCAGCUUCACAUACAGGGUCUCUGCACAGCUGGUGUGUAUAGGGGGCCGAGGGGCAUCUGUCUGCCCCCUGACACUGCGCCUACGUCCCAAGGCCCCACCCCUACACAACUCAAGCUCUGUGGCCUGUGGAGGUGCCUCAGUAUGCCAGCUGGAGUUGGCCCUGCCCCCCUGGGGGCACUGGGUCUAUGUGCGUGUGGAGAUGCCAUCUCGUGGCCCUGGCAGGAUCAUCCGCUUCCAGCUGUGUGUUCGGUUACAAGAGUGUCCACAACCCAGCCUGUCCCGUGCCUUGGUCCCUGGGGCUGCCAUGAAUAUGCCCCAGUCACUGGGCAACCAGCCACUGCCCCCAGAGCCACCAUCCCUGGGGACUCCUAUAGAAGGGUCUGGAGCCAUAGUGCCACCGGAGCAUUGCUGGCCAGUGCGCCCAACUCUACGCAAUGAGCUGGAUACCUUCUCUGUUCACUUCUACAUCUUCUUUGGUCCCAGUGUGGCCCUUCCACCUGAGCGCCCAGCUGUGUUUGCCCUGAGGCUGUUGCCAGUGCUGGACAGUGGAGGUGUUCUUAGUCUGGAGCUCCAGCUCAAUGUGAGCUCUCUGCGUCAAGAAAAUGUGACAGUGUUUGGAUGCCUGACUCACGAGGUACCCUUGAGCCUGGGGGAUGCUGCAGUGACCUGUUCCAAAGAGUCCCUGGCAGGGUUCCUCUUCUCAGUCAGUGUGGCAUCCAGAGUGGCCAGGCUUCGCAUUCCAUUCCCACAGACAGGGACCUGGUUCUUGACACUCCGAUCUCUUUGCGGCGUGGGACCUCGGUUUGUGCGAUGCCGCAAUGUAACAGCUGAAGUGCGGCUGCGUACCUUCCUGUCCCCAUGCGUGGAUGACUGUGGGCCCUAUGGCCAGUGCAAGCUGCUGCGCACCCACAACUACCUGUACGCUGCCUGCGAGUGCAAGGCUGGGUGGCGGGGCUGGGGUUGCACAGACAGUGCCGAUGCACUCACCUAUGGAUUCCAGCUGCUGUCCACGCUCCUCCUCUGCCUGAGCAACCUCAUGUUUUUGCCACCUGUGGUCUUGGCCAUUCGGAGCCGAUAUGUGCUGGAAGCUGCUGUCUACACCUUCACCAUGUUCUUCUCCACGUUCUACCAUGCCUGUGACCAGCCAGGCAUUGUGGUUUUCUGCAUCAUGGACUACGACGUGCUUCAGUUCUGUGAUUUCCUGGGCUCCUUAAUGUCGGUUUGGGUCACCGUCAUUGCCAUGGCUCGUUUGCAGCCUGUGAUCAAGCAGUCCUGUCUCUGUAGGUGUUGUAUUUGCUGGGGGCUAUGCUGCUGUCCAUGGCUCUGCAGCUUGACCGGCAUGGACUCUGGAACCUGCUUGGACCAAGCCUCUUCGCCCUUGGGAUCUUGGCCACAGCCUGGACAGUUCGCAGCGUCCGGCGCCGGCACUGUUACCCACCAACAUGGCGCCGCUGGCUCUUCUACCUGUGCCCAGGCAGCCUUAUUGCAGGCAGUGCCGUCCUUCUGUAUGCUUUCGUGGAGACGCGGGACAACUACUUCUACAUUCAUAGCAUUUGGCAUAUGCUCAUUGCUGGCAGUGUGGGCUUCUUGCUGCCUCCUCGUGCCAAGACUGACCGCCGCGUCCCGUCUGGAGCUCGGGCCCGGGGCUGCGGUUACCAGCUGUGCAUCAAUGAACAGGAAGAGCUGGGCCUUGUGGGCCCAGGAGGGGCCACUGUCAGCAGCAUCUGCGCCAGCUGAGAGGAGCUUUGGGCCAGGCUCCUAGGGGUCAUGAACCCUGCGUAGGGUUCCUCCUGGGGCUGUGGAGCCCUUCUAGGAACAAGGGACAAGUUGUGUUUCUUAAAGACACAUAGUCUUUCUCAAGGAUGACUGUUUUCAGGGACCAGGAGGCCUUCUCAAGACAUGGAGAAUUUCCUGAGAGUCUAUAGUCCUCCUGUACUUAUGGAGUCCUUCUUAAGGAUGAGCUAUGCAGGACACAGAACCCCUCAGGACCAAGGAGUACCUAGGGGUGUGGAUCCCUUCCCAGGGAUAGGGAGCCCUCCUACGGACAAGAUACUUCCAAGGAGACAAAUUUUCAUCAGGAAUAAAUCAUCAGUACAGUGGGAAAAGGAGUCAUCUUGGAGAAACAAGUCACCAGAUUUUCCCAGAGGCUCAGCAACACUGGCCACAUCUGUGCUGUGCUGGGCAGGGGGUUGGGAGAGACAGCUGGGAUGGGCUAGGCAGCUGGGGUCCUGAUCUGAUAGAGGUGGCGUCUGGGUUGUCUCCAAUGAAGUAGGUACUAAA